AUGAUGAUACGCACACCGUGGUGGAUUUCCCUUUUGUGCGUCUGUGGAUUGAUGCACGUCGGGCAUCAGAGCAACCCCCAUUCCUUUAAUGGUGACGCCUCGUCGAGCGUCAAGACGCCCCGGAGAGGCGGCAGCUCGAUGGGCAAGAAGGUGAACUCGGUGCCCGUCCGCCUUCUCUACAGCAGACACAACCACAGCAUGGUCGACCACCAUGAGCUCAGCACACGCGUCAUGGGCAGCCCCAGAUCCACGCAGGUGAACCACAUAGCCCAAGCCAGCUUUCAAGUGGAGGCUUUUGGCAGGAAGUUCACCUUGGAUGUGGAGCUCAAUCAUGAUCUGCUGUCUUCAGAGUACGUGGAAAAGCAUUUGUCAGAGAAAGGGAAGACAGUCGUCACUGCUGGAGGAGAGCACUGCUACUAUCAGGGGAGAGUCAGAGACAUUCCUCACUCCUUCGCAGCCCUUUCCACUUGUCAAGGUCUACAUGGGAUGUUUUUCGAUGGCAAUCACACAUAUCUGAUUGAACCUGGAGGAGAGGGCGGCGGGAAUCAUGGCAAUGUUCACUUGAUAUACAAAUCUGGAGGGUCAGAUGGACUAAUGGACCUAUUUGGUGGUCACCUCCCUGAGCCGCCCUUUCCCACUCCUCCAUUUCCUGGCUCAAGAGUUGUUCACCGGAGAAAGAAGAGACAGGCCCCACACGUGUUUCGAAGUGUGGAAGAUGAAGUCAAAUACAUCGAGCUGAUGGUGAUCAAUGACCAUUUAAUGUACAAGAAGCAUCGCCUUUCCGUUGGCCACACCAAUAACUAUGCUAAGUCAGUGGUCAAUAUGGCUGACAUGAUUUUCAAAGAACAAUUGAACACCCGCAUUGUGCUUGUCGCUAUGGAAACAUGGUCUGCCGACAACAAAUUCAACAUCGACGAUGACCCCAGGGUGACUCUGAAGGAGUUCAUGAAGUACCGCAAAGAUUUCAUCAAGGAGAGAUGCGACUCUGUCCAUCUCUUCUCGGGGAACCAUUUUCACAGUGACUGGGGCGGUGCUUCCUACAUGGGAGGAGUUUGCUCUCUCACCAAAGGGGGAGGCGUAAAUGAGUAUGGAAAAUCAGAUGUGAUGGCCAUAAAUCUGGCUCAGUCCCUCGCUCAUAACAUUGGCAUUUUCUCGGACAAGAAGAGGAUCAUGAAUGGGGAGUGCAAGUGUGAAGAUCGUUGGUCAGGCUGCAUCAUGGGUGAUGCUGGCUUCCACCUGCCCAAGAGGUUCACCGACUGCAACGUGGAGGAAUACCACAACUUCCUAAGCAGUGGUGGCGGAACCUGUCUGUUCAACAAGCCUCUCAAACUGCUGGACCCUCCUCAAUGUGGUAAUGGCUUCGUGGAGCCAGGGGAGGAGUGCGACUGUGGCAGCCCAUUGGAGUGUGCACGAGAGGGAGAGAAUUGCUGUAAAAAGUGUACUCUGACUCAAGGCUCGAAAUGUAGCGAUGGGCUCUGCUGCAACAACUGCCAGAUGGAAUUCAUGGGUGUUGUGUGCCGGGAUGCGGUGAAUGACUGUGACAUACCCGAAAACUGCACGGGAAACUCCAGCCAGUGUCCACCAAAUGUGCAUAAGAUGGAUGGUUACACGUGCGAGAAAGACCAGGGGCGCUGCUUCAAUGGGAGAUGUAAAACAAAAGACAAACAGUGCAAGUACAUUUGGGGAGAGAAAGCCACGGCGGCGGACAAGUACUGCUACGAGAAGCUCAACAUUGAGGGCACUGAGAAGGGCAACUGUGGGAAGGACAAAGACACGUGGAUCCAGUGUAACAAGCAAGACGUUCACUGCGGCUACCUACUGUGCUCCAACAUCUCCCCUACCCCACGACUGGGAGACCUGCCGACAGGCUUGACCUCCUUCUCUGUGGCAAGACACAGCGCCUCUCUAGACUGCAGUGGUGGCCACGUGCUGAUUGACGGCGACACCGACCUGGGCUACGUGGAGGACGGCACAGCCUGCGGAACUGACAGUAUCUGUUUCAACCGCAAGUGUAUCCCUGUCCAGCAAUUCAACUUCAGCACCUGCCCUGGAACCACAGACACAGUCAUCUGCUCAGGACACGGGGUGUGCAGCAAUGAACUGAAGUGUGUGUGUUACUUGGGCUGGGCCGGAGACGACUGCAACUCCACAUCGCCUCUCAGCUAUCUGAUUGUGGGACCCACAGCCUCUGUUUCAGGCAUUACCAGUACCAACAUCGUCAUCAGCGCCAUUGUAGGCUCCAUCCUCUUCCUCGCCCUCAUUCUGGCUGUAACGGCCUGGUGCUACAAGAGCUACAGAAGGAGGCGUUAUGUGGAGUCUGAGGUUCAUCGAAGAUUCUGCCGACAAAUGCCGCCAGGCGACUACGUGACCAAGCCGAGCGACGCCGACUCCUUCUACAGCGACAUGCCGCCCGGCGUGAGCACGAACUCGGGCUGCAGCUCCAAGAAGAGGUCAGCGUGUCUGUCACACCUUCAGAUUUGUGCCCUGUCCUUCACUCCUUCCAUCCCAUCCAUUACGCAGAACAUCUCAGUUUUUGGCUUCAGAUCUAAUGGUUUGUCCCACUCUUGGAGUGAGAGAAUCCCAGAUGCCAAACACAUCUCAGACAUCUGCGAGAACGGAAGACCGAGGAGCAACUCGUGGCAAGGAAACAUGAGUGGCCAUCGGAAGAAACUCAAAGGAAAGAAGUUCCGCGCUCGCUCCAACUCCACAGAGUAUUUAACCCCUCACGACAAAACAGACUAUUAUGAUGUAACUAAAUGGGUAGAAGAUGUGAAUGAAAACACACAAGGACCUUACCUUAGGACACUUUCUCCCGCCAAGUCUCCCACUUCUUCGACAGGAUCAAUUGCAUCCAGCAGGAGAUACCCCUACCCCAUGCCUCCCCUGCCCGAUGACCAGAGGAAAGCAAACAGGCAGAGUGCCAGGCUGUGGGAGACAUCAAUAUAA